AUGACAGCAUCGGCGUGUCGAGGUAUCUUGGACGCCAGUGAGGCCGGAUAUAUCACCUCCCCCGGAUACCCUCUGGAAUACCCACCUCACCAGAACUGCCAGUGGGUGAUCACGGCGCCCGAGCCCUCUCAGCGAAUCGUCCUCAACUUCAACCCACAUUUUGAAAUCGAGAGGCUGGAUUGCAAAUACGACUUCAUCGAGAUCCGAGACGGGACUUCGGAAAAUUCCGACGUCUUGGGUCGCCACUGCAGCAACAUCGCCCCGGCGCCGAUUAUCUCUUCGGGUCCUUCCCUACAGAUUCGAUUCGUGUCGGAUUACGCUCACCAAGGGGCUGGCUUCUCACUGCGAUACGAGAUUUUUAAAACAGGCUCGGAAUUCUGCUUCCGCAAUUUCACCAGCAGCUCCGGGAUGAUCGAAUCGCCGGGCUUCCCGGAUAAAUACCCCCACAAUCUGGAGUGCUCGUAUAUGAUCAUCGCUCCGCCCCACGUGGACGUCACCUUAACGUUCCUCACCUUUGACCUGGAAAACGACCCCCUGCUGGUGGGAGAGGGCGACUGCAAAUAUGACUGGUUGGACGUGUGGGACGGCUUGCCACAAGUGUCGCCACUGAUCGGACGUUACUGCGGGACAAAGAUCCCUCCGGAAAUUCAGUCGUCCUCUGGCCUGCUGUCCCUUUCCUUUCACACGGACAUGGCGGUGGCUAAAGACGGCUUCUCGGCCCGAUACAACAUGACACGCAAGGAAGUCAGCGACUCAUUUCACUGUAGCAUGGCGCUGGGCAUGGAGUCCGGGAAGAUCAGCGACGACCAGAUCAGCGCUUCCACCAGUUUCUACGACAAUCGCUGGUUGCCGCGCCAGGCUCGCCUCAACAACAACGAUAAUGCCUGGACGCCGUCCGAGGACAGCAGCAAAGAGUACAUUCAGGUUGACCUCCAAUUCCUGAAAGUGUUGACGGGCAUCGCCACCCAAGGGGCCGUUUCCAAAGAGACGCAAAAGUCCUACUUUGUGACCACCUUCAAGCUGGAGGUCAGCACCAACGGCGAGGACUGGAUGAUAUAUCGACACGGCAAGAAUCACAAGGUUUUCCACGCCAAUACGGAUCCGGCCGAGGUGGUGCUCAACCGUGUGCCGCAGCCCGUUUUAGCCCGCUUCGUGAGGAUACGACCGCAAACGUGGCGGAACGGCAUCGCCCUGCGCUUUGAGCUCUACGGAUGCCGGAUUACAGAUGCCCCGUGCUCCAGCCUGCAGGGGGUGCUGUCCGGUCUGCUGCCCGACAACCAGAUCACGGCCUCCUCUAGCAGAGACGUGGUGUGGAACCCCAGCUCGGCCCGUUUAGUGGCCAGUCGUUCCGGCUGGUUCCCUGCACCCUCACAGCCGCUUGCUGGGGAGGAGUGGCUACAGGUGGACCUGGGUGUGCCCAAAACAGUGCGCGGAGUCAUCACCCAGGGAGCCAGAGGCGGAGAUGCUGCUAGCGGAGGAACAGCUGAGAACCGAGCUUUUGUUCGCAAGUACAAAGUCGCGUAUAGCCUCAAUGGAAAAGAAUGGAAUUUCAUCAUUGACAGAAAGACCAGCCAACCCAAGAUUUUCGAGGGAAACACGCACUACGACGCCCCGGAAUUGCGUCAUUUUGAGGAGACGGUGGCGCAGUAUGUCCGACUUUACCCUGAACGAUGGUCUCCGGUUGGGAUCGGGAUGAGAGUGGAGGUGCUGGGAUGCGAGCUUCCAGAAAUCAGCACGCCUGCAGACACCACCACACCUACGCCUCCAGCUCAGACCACCACGGCCGCCGCCUCCACCACAGCGGCCGCUCCUUCACCGACGGACGGCGCGUGUGACUUUGAGCACGGCCUCUGCGGCUGGACGCACGACCCCGGCGCCCCCCUUCUCUGGUCUCUGCACAGCCACGAGCUCAACAGCCAUCUAUACAUGGAAGCCAGCGCUAAGACAGCGCAACAAAGAGCCCGACUCCUCAGUCCGGUGGUGGCUGCCGACAGCGGCCCCGUCUGCCUGCUUUUUUCUUACCAAAUGUGGGGAGAAGCCGAGGGGCACCUCAGGGUCUUGCUGCUGGACGCCCACAAUGAGGAGACCCUACUUUGGACCCUGAAAGCUGACCAGGGUCCUGUCUGGAAGGAGGGCCGCACAAUCCUGCCUCGUUCGCCUAAAGACUACCAGGUUGUGAUGGAAGGCUUCUUUGCUCACGGCACUCGAGGACAUGUCUGGAUCGACAACAUCCACAUGAGCGCCAGCACGCCGCUAGAAGAGUGUACACAACCCAUCAACGCCUUCUCUCCAGAUAUGACGGUCAAGACGCCUAAUCAGUUCGGAGACGUGCGACUCGUCAGCGGCAGAGAACCACUGGGUGGAGGUUUCCAGGUGCCAGAGUGGAACACCGCAUGGCCGACGUCAGAACCCGCCGCGACUCCGGCUUCGGAGAAGGACCACUCGUGGCUGUACACGUUGGACCCCAUUCUGGUUACCAUCAUCGUCAUGAGUUCCCUGGGCGUCCUGCUGGGGGCGGUGUGCGCGGGCCUGCUCCUCUACUGCACCUGUUCCUACAGCGGCCUGUCCUCACGUUCUUCCACCACGCUGGAGAAUUACAACUUUGAACUCUACGACGGGCUCAAGCACAAAGUCAAACUCAACCAGCAGCGCUGCUGUACCGAAGCGUGA